AUGAGCCAACUGAUGAGUGAUUUCGUGGGUGAAAUGUUUGGUGGAGAGCCGGGCGGGAUGGGUAGGACCCUGCUGGAUGUCCUGAGGCACCACUACAUGUCACCACCUGGGGUUUUCCUUAAGGAGGAAGAAGAAGAUGAGGAUGACGACCAUGAAGAUGCUGAUGAUGAUGCACCAUCAUCAUCAACAUCAUCAUCAUCAUCAUCAUCACCGUCUGCUCGCGUGUCACGUGUUCGUGUAAUAGAGCGGAGGAUAAGAAAGAUGUCAGGUGACUUUUUAACUGAUGCUCUGUUUGCAGCACCCAUGUUUGAUUGGCUGAAGGAAUUUAAAUCUGGUCACGUGCGGGGUCACGUGUUUGCUUACGUCACUCACGGGCUAGACUCGUAUGGGUGGGUUUUUGAAAUUUUGAAAGUUGCUGAAAGAAAUGCACGUGUGUUGUCGAAAGCUUCCACAUCUAUCAUUUACUACAAACAAAAAACGCAUUUAUUACAAGUAGGAAAAACAACAUUAGCAACAGCUAUAAAAAGAACAUUAAAAGAGAAAUAUAGAAAAAGUUACGAUGAUGUAGCCCUGAUCUUUGGAGAUGCCCUGUCAGAAGGAUGCUGUUCCCCCCUCCAAACAAACAACUUCAUAAAGAAUGGACGCUACCACGAACCUUUACAAAGCAACCACAUCAACUACAACAUCAACAUCAAAGACAUCAACUUUAUCAGCAAUAACAUCAAUGCUAACAUCAACAACGCCACCGACAACUACAUCAAUUACAACGUCAACAACAGCAACAACAGCAUCAAUAACAAUCUUCAAACUUUUUCAAGAGACUUGAUAUCAUGGUGGAUGAACUUCGUGAAGUAUGGAAAACUAAUACAAAACUCGAAUUUAACACAGAAACCCUACAGAGCCAGCAGCAUCACAACACUCCCCAACAUCUUCCUCCUCCCUAUAUCACCCCCAACAAAACCUUCACCAACACCCACCCCUGCUUUGGCUACACUACCUUCCACAAGCCCCAGCUCUUCUGAGUAUUUGUAA